AGAAUAUGGCCGCCAAAAUUUUGUCAGUUAUGCUAUAUCAUCACACACGGUUUAUUAUCGAAAAAUAAGCAAAAGUGCAGUUAGUAAAGGUGAAAAAAGGCGUUCGUUACUUAUUUUAAGACUACUUUCAUAAUUUUAACCACACAAAAUGAAGAUUACUCUGAAAAAUCUCCAACAACAAACUUUUAUAGUUGAGUUGGAUUCUUCAAAAACCGUUAAGGAGUUGAAGAAGAAAAUCGAGGAAAUUAAAGGCAGCGAUUAUCCUUCGGACAACCAAAGGCUCAUAUAUGCAGGGAAAAUCUUGACCGACGAGAGUACUGUAGGCGAAUACAAUAUUGAUGAGAAGAAAUUCAUUGUUGUUAUGGUCACAAAGCCAAAGGCAGCUGAACAAACAUCCGUAGGUGAUAGUGGUUCGUCGACUACAGUUGAAAGCACUCCGGCGGCAGUGGCGGCGGCCGCCCCCGCGGUGGCGGCGGCACCGACUCCGGCCCCCGCCGCGCCCGCCCCCGCCGUCCCCGCCGCCGUUCCCGUCACCCCCUCGCAAGUCAGCGGCGGGCUGACGGGCGAGACGACUCUCCUGCUGGGCGAGGAGUACGAGGCGAUGGUGAGGAACAUCACCGACAUGGGCUAUCCCAGGGAUCAGGUCAUGUCGGCCUUGAGGGCGAGCUUCAACAACCCCGACAGGGCCGUGGAGUACCUGAUCAACGGGAUCCCGAACAUCGAGGAUGCCGAGGCGGUGACCGAAUCGGCGGACAUGUCCGACGUGGACGAGCGGCAGUCGGACGCCGAGGACCCGCUGGCGUUCCUGCGCACGCAGCCGCAGUUCCAGCAGAUGCGCAACGUGAUCCAGCAGAACCCGCAGCUGCUGAACGCGGUGCUGCAGCAGAUCGGCCAGACGAAUCCGGCGCUGCUGCAGCUGAUCUCGCAGAACCAGGAGUCGUUCGUCAGGAUGCUCAACGAGCCGACGCCGGGCGCCCCGCCCAGCGCCACGCCCGGCGCUCUGCCGACAGGUGGCGCUUCACUGGGGCUGCCGCAGGCCGUAGGCGGGCAGCCGCAGAUCCAGGUGACGCCGCAAGACAAGGACGCGAUCGAUCGCCUCAAAGCGCUGGGAUUCCCCGAGCACCUCGUCGUCCAAGCCUACUUCGCGUGCGAGAAGAACGAAAAUUUGGCGGCCAACUUCCUCUUAUCGCAGAACUACGACGAAUAAGUUAAGUGCGCGCUUACUAUGAUUCAUUACGAUACCGUUAAGGUCCGUACGCACGAACGUUUAUUUUUUUUAAUGUCGGCGAUUUUAUUUCGCGCGUUUUCAAUUAAUAAAUUAAAUAAACGUUUGCGAAUAUGGCAACUUAGUUUUUCUUUUAUUUCCCCCAUUCGUCGUUUUUUUAUAAUUGUAUCUAUUAUGUUUUUAUACUAAAUAAAAUGAGACCCCCACCCCCCCUUCCACAUUUCUAUAGUUAUAUAUAUAGCUGUACAUACGCGCGAAUUUCCAAAUUUAUCACUUAUUAUUAUUAUUAUUAUAAAUAAUUAAAUAUUAUUAGGUGAUUCGUUUAAAUAUUUUUUCCAGUUUUUUUUUUCAACAAAUAAUACGGCUUUGCUAUUUUGAUUUGUAAUGUAAUAUAUAAUAGUCAUUAUAUGCAUUAUUUAAACGUCUGGUUUAUUUAUUUGACAGUUCUAAACUGUGUUUGGCUUUUGUUUAUUGUAAUUCUUUAAGGUUAGAAUUAUUAUAUAAAAUAAAAACAGUGCAAUGUUUUUCAUUUGUUAUUUUUCAACCCGAACGUUUUAAUUAA